CCUGAACGCACUUUUCCGAGGUUACUAUUCAAAACGCUUUAUCUCUGGUACAGGUUUUCUAAUUCUUCAGUAUUUUUUUUUUCUCAUCUUCCAAAGUAAGCAUGUAACAAAUCGCUGUUGCAGCUAUACCAACGAUAUGCUUUCACAAACAUCUUAUAAACUAACAAUUUCUUAUUGAAGCUUGUUUUGUUUAAACAUCAGCAAAAAUGACAUUUCAAAUGUUACUACAGACAUUUAAUCUCACCAUUAGUUUGAAAAACUGUACAGAUUUUAGGUUAGAUUAUUUGUGGGGAAUAAAAUUGGGAUGAAUAUGUUCCCAUCUUUUCUUCACAGUAGAAAGUUGAUUCAAUAUAAAAAUAAUCUUUUCAAGAAAUGGGCAAUGUAUUGGAAAAUUUUUUAUACUGAUUACGCAAAUGUUGGAAUAAGAACGUAUCAAGACUGUGUUGCCAAUCCAUUAAGAUCCGGUCUAACUUUGACUACAGCAUGGGGCGUUUAUUAUAUCAAAUCUCACAACCCGGACAAACUGAGUUAUCUUAGCGCUAUUAUUAACGCAAAUAACUAUUUUACCCUCAUAUCAAGUUCAGUUAGAAACCCUUCCACUUCAGAAUAUUUGAGAAUGAUCAACAAUUCAUUGUCUCAAGGAAUCGUUCGCUAUUUUAGCUGUGGAUUUUUUUCCAUCGCAUGGAUAGACGAAUAUGAUGAUAUUGUUUCGGUAUAUAAACGGCAGUGUCGUUAUUUAACGAUUAGCUGGAUGGCAUUACCCGACACAAUUAUGGCAUUUCAUAAAAUUUCUGUUGGUACAAUCAUGACCCUCUCGAGGCUUUUGAGCACUUUGGGACGUAAGGCAAACAAUGCAGGUAUUUCAAAGUUUGAAAACCUAGCAGUCCUCCAAAAACUAAAAGGCCAGACAAGUCUAAGCAGUGAUCAAUGGACGAACUUAAGGAAAGAAAUUAUGGAGACUGAUAUGCCAAGUGCGGCAAAUGCUGUAGAUACUACGAUACUUCAAUUUUGUUCACACACGGAAAAUUUUGAACUUGGCAAAUCGUGUAUGAAAUACUUGAGAGAAAAUAAUUACGAAUUAAAUCCGGCACUAGUUGGAGUGUAUUUUAAAUUAUUAUACCGAAAUAAAGAUACUCUCACUGAGGAUGAAAAGCAAGAGAUUCUAAGCAUCUAUAAUGAUCUGCGGCUCAAAUAUCCACUUCUUGACGCAACGACAGCGGAGUAUUGUGUCAUGGUUAUUUCUCUUACAGAAAAGUGGCUAGAUGUAAUAGAAUUAUUGGAAAUGAUAAAAAUAUCUUGUAAUGCCGCUUCACGUGCUUACAACGCUGCAAUCUCUGCUGCAUUUAAUAAUGGAGACAGUGAAUUGGGCUGGAAACUUCUUCAUGAUAUGGUAAAGAUAAAGAGAGUACCAUCUUCAGAUGCAUACAUAGCAUAUUUAAAUUAUUGUCUGCAGAAUUUUGAAAAACCUCAAGAUCGCGUCCAAGAAAUAGAAAAGCUCUUUAAUUUUUUUACACAAUAUUGCUUAAGCCCCAAUGAAGAUGUCGUCAAUCAAAUUGCAACUAUUUUUACCAAGUUGGGAUGGGUAGCAAAUACUGGCACGGUAGAUCUUUCAGGUACAUGCUGUACCUGCAAUCACACACUUUCACCGCCGUCAAUAACAGAUGAAGAAUUUUCCCAUUUAUCGAAGACGGUACUUGAAAAGGGCCUUGUUGGGCAAGAUGCUUACAAAAAGUCAUCCCCAGCCGAGGUCCGAAAAUUGAUCAAUUUCGUGAAUAAAACCCAACCAUACGACAUUGUAAUCGAUGGGCUCAAUGUUGCGUACACAAACAAUAAAAAUAUGGCUGGCCCUAGAAAUCUAGCUUCUCUGGUCAGAUCUUGUCUUGAUAAAAAUCAAAUUGUCCUAGUACUUGGCCGAAAACAUAUGUUAAAAUGGCAACGAGAACAUAUCACUUACAUCAAGAAUAAUUCUUUCCUGUUUCUUACUGAUAAUCUAUCAUCGGAUGACCCCUUUCUUCUAUAUGCCACACUGGUAAGUGGACCAAAGACGAAUUUUGUUUCCUCCGAUCUAAUGCGACAGCAUAAAUUUCUUAUGGGUGAUCCGAUGUUGGAGAAAAUUUUCAAACUUUGGCAAAUGUCUCACCAAUGUUUCGUAAAGUUUAAUAAAAGUGGCAAACUGACAUUCAUAAGCCCCUUGAAAUUCUCGCCCACUGCUCAAAAAGGCAAGCGUUGCUGGCACAUUCCUUACGGGUGCGAAACUGACUCGUUAAGGGAAUCAUUCGAACCACCCACAGCUUGGUUGUGCUUAGUUGAGCCAAAAUCUUUCUGUAAAUAGUUUUACUUUCAAUAAAUAUAGGCAUUAUUUACAA